CAGCGCGCGCGUGCGCCGGGCCGCCGGGGCACGACGCCGAGCCGGGCACCAACCACCCAGUUCACUCUCGGCAACCGUUGUUACCGCGCGAGCCGCGAGCACGUCGCGUAGGAGUACGUGGCGGGGCUCGGUCCUGGACAGAAAAGGAGCAGUGGGUAGGCUGCCUCGUCGGCAUAUAUACCACCUCGGCACUCGAGCGGUUGCUCUGCCCACUCGCUCUGCCUCGCCACCGGCGCUCUCCCAGCGCAGCCAACUCUCCGUCCUCGCGAGCGCCCGCGUGUGUCCCGGCGUGCGCGGUGCGCGGGCCAGGCCACCCCAGCAGCAGUACGCGCGGGAGCGGGAUGGGGAACUGCCAGGCGGCGGAGGCGGCGACGGUGCUGCUCCAGCACCCGGGCGGGCGUGUGGAGCGGCUCUGCUGGUCCACCAGCGCGGCGGAGGUGAUGCGCGCCAACCCGGGCCACUACGUCGCGCUCGUCACCCUUCGCGUCGCCGAGGAGCGGCAGGACGCCCCCGGCGGCGAGAGCCGCACCGUGCGCCUCACGCGCGUCAAGCUGCUCAAGCCCAAGGAGACCCUGCUCCUCGGCCACGUCUACCGCCUCAUCACCACCCAGGAGGUGACGAAGGCUGUGCAGGCGAGGAAGGAGGAGAAGCAGAGGAAAGCGCAGCAGCAGCUGCUGGAGUCGAGGCCGGGCAAGGCGAGGGGCGCCGCCGAGGAGGAGGACGACGACGAGGCGGCCCUCGACGCCAGCCUUGAUCAGUUGGCGCGUCAGGACAAUGGCAACCGGAGCUCCAGUGCGCGGCACCGGCAAUGGCGGCCGUCGCUGCAAAGCAUCGACGAGGCCACCAGCUGAUACGUCGACUCAUGCACCCAUACCACACAAAACCGUAGGGCCGUAAUCAUUAACCGGUGGACCUGUAUUUUCGGUGAUCACCUGGCCUCAAUUAGGUCAUCGCAGUGGCUGCUGCUGUUGCUACAUUUGAUUGCACACUGUGAGUUGGAGUUUGACACCCCGGGAUCAGAGGACUACCCUGCUUGAUCGAAUCCUUGUAAAUCUUCAGGUCUUGGUCAGGCGUUUGUUAGUGAGACUGCUUGCUUUCUCCAUACGGUUUGCACAUCGAAUCAGAACCGAGUUAAAGUAGCUUAGAUCUAAAACCAGAGCAGAGGUGUCCUGUACUUGCUACUCCCUUGCUCUUUCGCAGGUGGGAAUCAAAGCGCAUAGCUUUUGAGGGUAUCGCUGUGUUUUCUUUAGUAUUUAGAAUGUAAGUUGCUGUUGAUACCAAAUAGGCAAUCAUAAACUCAGUGCCAAUGAUGCCGGCAGCAGUUGGUGGAAUCAUCGGAGCCUUUUGGGUUGGAAGCUUAUCGUGCGUGUUCGCGUCGGCGAAUGCUUAGAGUAGAGGCUCACGCACAUUUGUUUAAGCCGUUGCUGAUGUUGUACAUGCUGGAACAGGACAAA